AUGACAUCAACGAAAAUAUCUGAUCUAUCAUGGUAUCAUGAUUUUCCACCAUUUUUUACUCUUCAACCAAAUUUUGAUACACGUCGUAAACAACUCGAUGCUUGGUGUUCACUUAUAUUAGAUUAUUGUCGUUUGAAAAAAGUUUGUACAUUUGAUGUAAAUGAUGCUAGUAAAUUUUCACCAUUUAUCAAUGCAAAAAUUAAUCGUCAAUUAGAUAAUAAUUUUAUUCAAAUUUUACUUGAAGAAUUACGUAGUCGAGGUAAUAUUGAAUGGGAAGAUAAAAAUAAACGACGUUGUUUAAUAUUAUGGAAAUCACUUGAAGAAUGGGCUAAAACAGUUUAUCAAUGGAUUACAUCACGAGGUAUGAAUGGAACUGUUUGUACAUUCUAUGAAUUAUUACAUGGUGAUGAUACACGUUCAGCUGAAUUUCAUAAUAUUGAUUCAAAACUUUUUCAUCGUAUUUUAUUUGAACUUGAAAAACGUGGUCAAGCUACUAUAUUUUCAGAAAAUGGUGCUGAUGGCAUGGUUGACGAAGUAACAAAAAAAACUUUAUCAAACAUUCCAUUAUUAAAAACAAAAGCUAGUCCACGUGAUGGUGAACAAUGGCGACAAAGACUUAAAGAAGAACUUCAAUCAUUAAUACAAUAUGUUAAAAAUAAUAAGGAUGCUGAUAAUGAUUGGUUUCGUCUUGAAUCAAAUCAAGAAGGAACUCGUUGGUGGGGAAAAGCAUGGACAAUACAAGAUAUGUUACGUUAUGAAUUUGAUAUUGAAUUUGAUAUACCAGUUACAUAUCCAAUGACAGCUCCUGAAAUUGCAAUACCAGAUCUUGAUGGAAAAACAGCAAAAAUGUAUCGAGGAGGAAAAAUUUGUAUGACUGAUCAUUUUCAACCAUUAUGGGCUCGAAAUGUACCACGUUUUGGUAUUGCACAUGCAUUAGCUCUUGGUCUUGGUCCUUGGUUGGCUGUUGAAAUACCUGAUUUAAUUGCUCGUGGUGUUGUCGUACAUAAAGAAAAAGCAACAGCUAGUGGUGAUAGUAUAUCAUCAACAAAAUAA